UUAGCAGUGAAUUACUCAGGCCACAGGCAUUACUCAGUCUGAAGUCAGCUGUGCUGUAUCCACACUGGGUUUUCCAAUACAGGCAGUGCUUCCAGAAAAGGAUCAUGGGGUUGUGUGUGUUGGUCUUUGUGCUGAGUCUGACACUGGUAAGGUUGGCCAGUGGUCAGUAUAUGGGAGAUGAUCCCUGCUCAGUCCAAAUCCUCGUUCCUGGUCUUAAAGGAGAAAUAGGAGAGAAAGGGGAUAAAGGGGUACCUGGAAGACCUGGCAAACUAGGGCCAUCUGGAGAAACUGGUCCUUCUGGUCUCAAGGGAGAAAAAGGUAUCAUGGGACGUUAUGGAAAAAUGGGCCCCCCUGGAUUCAAAGGAUUAAAAGGUGAUAUGGGAGAUUCAGGUCCAAAGGGUGAAAAUGGAGACCCAGGGCUCCCCUGUGAGUGUGCUCCCUUGCGGAAGAUGAUUGGUGAAAUGGAUAAUCAAGUAACGCAGCUAACCAAUGAACUAAAGUUUAUUAAAAAUGCACUGCCCUCCCCUGCAGCUGUUGCUGGCAUCAAAGAGACGGACAGUAAAGUCUACUUGCUGGUGAAGGAGGAGAAGCGUUACAGAGAUGCUGAGCUCUACUGCCAGGGCAGAGGUGGGCACCUGGCAAUGCCCAAAGACGCCGCUGCUAACAGGGCUAUUGCAGCCUACAUCACUGACGCCGGCCUUCGCAGAGUGUACAUUGGCAUUAAUGACCUAGAACGUGAGGGCCAAUUUGUGUAUGUGGAUCACACUCCUAUGACUACCUUCACCAAGUGGCGGGAAGGAGAGCCCAAUAACGCCUAUGAGGACGAGGACUGUGUGGAGCUUGUUUUCUCUGGGGAGUGGGUCGACUUGGCCUGUUCCUCAACCAUGAACUUUGUGUGUGAGUUCGACAAAGACCAGAUUUGAGUGUUACUCUGGACGGAGGGAAGCAUGAGAGAUUACACAGGAGGGUGUUUGCAGCUUAUCAUGCAAAAUUGUUUAUGCUCUGCUUACAGUUAAUAUGCAAUACUUACAGAGGCUCAUGAGAACUUAAAUAAGAUAAGUUUAUGGUGUUGUAAUAGAAGUGUUAUCUUUUAAUGUUUUCUUUUAUAAUAGUCAUGUUGUUGUAGUAAAUAAAAAUGCCAACAUUAUGUACAUAAUCAAGAAUUUAUUUUUGACUUGUUUUCUUAUGAUUUUACUGAUUAAACUCCAGCAGUGUGUGA